ACUCAUUUUGGACACAGUCAGCAUGAAGACAGCAGUGACUCUCCUGGCUCUCACUCUCCUUCAUGUCUGCUCUCCUGUCCCAAUCAGCCGCCCAACCAAUGGGCUCAGGCAAUGUCGUACCUCCACAAACCUCUCCAUCACAGCACUGGAGGUGCUGCCAGGUGGAGGCUGGGACAACCUCCGGAACAUGGAUAUGGGCCGAGUUAUGAACCUCAGCUACUUCCAGUGCCAGACCACUGAGGACGGGAUCUACCUGAUCCCAGACGAGGUCUUUGUCAUUCCCCACAAAGAGACGGGUGUGGAGACCAACUCAGAGAUAAUCGACUCCUGGCUGGAGCAGAAAAGCUCUGUAGCGCACAGCAUAAAUGCAGACAUAUCUUUCUUCUCUGUGCUGAAUGGCAAAUUUUCUAUUGAGAACCAGAGGAUGAAAACCCAUCAGGUCAAAGACUCUUCAACUACAGCCAGAGUGCAGGUCCGAAACUUCAUCUACACAGUUAAGGCUUAUCCAGACUUCACUCUGGACACACGCUUUGCUCAACAAGCCAAAGAGAUAGCUGAUGCCAUCGAAAACAACCAGACGAGGAACGCAGACUAUCUCUCAGAAAGGAUGGUUUUGGACUAUGGAACUCAUGUUAUCACUAGCGUCGAUGCUGGGGCGUCUUUGGUUCAGGAAGACUACCUCCGGUCUACAUAUGUGUCAGACAGUGCGUCACAAGGUUCCUCUGUCACAUCUCAGGCUGGCCUCAACUUUUUUGACAAACUCAAGUUCGAUAUAAGCAGUCAAACUACCCAAAAAAGCUCAUCACUUCAAACAUAUCAGUCCAACAUUCAGUACUCUCUCAUUCAAAGCCAUGGUGGCGGCACACCUUUCUAUCCUGGCAUCACUCUGCAGAAGUGGCAGGAAAGUACCAAAAACAACCUGGUUGCUAUUGACCGCUCAGGAUUUCCUCUUCACUACUUUAUAAACACAAACACCAUUUCUGAUCUGCCACAGCCUACAGUUGACAAAGUGGCUCUUAGAGUGAAUCAAGCCAUAGAGCGUUACUACAAGGUCAACACCCGCCCUGGCUGUGUCGAUAUCGGCUCCAAGAACUUUAACUUCCAGGCCAACGUUGAUGAUAGUUCCUGUGAGGGCCCUGCUACAAACCUCAGUUUCGGUGGUGUCUACCAAAUGUGUGUGCAACUGAGCCCAGAUGCAGGUCCACUUUGUGAUGCCCUGGCCCAGAAAAACCCUGAUACAGGAGAGUUCUCCUGUCGUUCACCUUACACCCCAACGUUACUGAGAUCAGAAGUGAGACAGCAGGGUUACAACGUGCACCAUUGUUAUGAGCAAACCUAUGCCUGUGGAUUUUUGUGGUUGAAGACUUGUCAUAAAUCAGAUUGUCAGGACAUGUACCAUGUUCGCUCCGCCCGCAUCAACACCUACUGGUGCUCUGUAAACGGAAAGGCCCCGGACAACACAGGGUAUCUGUUUGGAGGCAUAUACAGCCCCUCUCUCCUGAACCCCCUCACCAGAGCCAAAAGCUGCCCACAAAACUUCAUUUCAGUCAAGUUUCUGUCGGAUGGCCAAAUGAUCUGUGUGAGUAACGACUAUGAAUCCGGCACCAGAUACGCAGUACCAUUCGGAGGCCUUUUCAGCUGUCAGUCAAGCAACCCGCUGGCAAGAGGCCAACGUCGCUGCCCUCCAAAGUUCAGUCAGCACCUUGCUACGGUGAGCGAUGGCUGUGAAAUUCUUUACUGUGUGCAGUCAGGGCUGUUCACAGGUGGGCAGCUGCUGCCAGUCCAUCUGCCUCCUUUCACAAAACCUCCACUUGUCACCAUGCAAGUCACCAACACUGUAAUUGUGAUGACUGAAGGAGAAAUGAGCUGGGUUAGAGUGGGGCAGACCAAGAUGUGGAAACUUGCAAAACCAGAGGAAAUCAAAGAAAUUGCACGCAAGCUUAACCCAGAAUUGAGCCAGAUGUCUGGUGGAGAAAAGGCAGGCGUAGCCUUUGGGGUGAUGGGUAUAAUGGUGCUGGUCGUCAUCGGGACAGUACUCCUGGUGAAGAGACGGAGAAGACUGUCUGGGUUUACAAUGACUAGAGGCUAUGAGGAGAUACGUGGAGAGGUUGGGCAAGAUGAAGGAGAGACGGAGACACUGCAAGAUGAGGCUUGAGAAAAACACACAUUCGAGGCUUGGCGCCCAGAAACAGGUUAAUCUAAUGUGACAGAUUUUGUUUUCAGAUUUCCUGUUGAUUGUCACCUCAGAUAUCACUUUUACAUGUCUUACGGGAGUGGAAAAUUUUCACAUUUAAGUAAAAAGAUAGUAAAUGUAAUAGUUCUAAUAGAUUGACUGACUAGACAUUUUUGUGUGAUAGCAUGAUAUACACUUUAAGCUGUUAUUUAGCAUUGGUUAACUUUGCCUUUUUGCAUUUACUAACUUCAGACAAUAUCAUCGGACACAUUACUUUAGAGCAAUCUGCCUUUGAGAUUACCUAUGGCAAACUGAAAACAGAGAGCAGAAGUGAUUUCCAAAGGCCAUCGUGAACCAAUACUGCCCCCACGAGGCCAAGAUGCACAAUGCCAUUUAGUAUACAAAUAUGUUCAUCCCCCAUUACAGAAUUUGAAUACUUUUUAUGACUUUGUUUGAAUGUAUCAUUCAAAAAACAAAUUAACAACGAAUAUUUUUACAGAUAUUUUUUAAAUAAAAGAAGCAUUAGAUGUCAGAUUUAUUUUUGUGCAGUAUUUCUUAAAUGUAUGUCAAUUGAACUCUUCUGCAGUGUGCUUAAGUAUUAA